UGUUUCCAGGGGACCCGUACCGCUAGCAUGCUUUAGCCAACUGUGCGGUAAACAUGGGGAAACUGCGGGUUUUAGAGCUCUACAGCGGCAUUGGAGGAAUGCAUUAUGCACUCACAGAGAGCUCAGUGCAUGCUGAAGUGGUAGCUGCAGUGGAUGUGAACACGACAGCCAAUGAAAUCUAUAAACACAACUUCCCACAUACUCUACUGCUACCUAAGACCAUCGAAGGAAUGACAUUAAAUGAUUUCAAUAAACUGGAUUUUGAUAUGAUUUUGAUGAGCCCUCCUUGUCAGCCAUUUACUAGGAUUGGGUUACAGGGUGAUGUUUCUGACCCCAGAACAAAAAGCUUUCUCUAUAUAUUGGACCUACUGCCAAGACUGAGCAAGCUGCCACGCUUCAUUCUGCUGGAGAAUGUGAAAGGAUUCGAAACAUCUUCUGCAAGAGAUUCUUUGAUAAAAACUUUGAAGGAAUGUGAAUACAGUUUUCAGGAAUUCAUGAUUUCACCCACUUGUCUAGGAAUACCAAAUUCAAGGCUGCGUUAUUUCCUUGUUGCCAAGGCACCUCCAGGUUCUUUAUCUUUUCAGACAACUUCAGAGAUUCUACAGGGCUUUCCAAAGGCAGCUUCUAGUGAUGGCACAGACAGUCCCAUAAUCCCAGAUAGCCACUGUAGUGCCCUCAGUAGUAAAACCAGGGAUAACAAGGAUGUCAUCUAUAAGCUUGAGACAGCUCAGGACCUGGAGAGGAAGAAAAGUCAAAACAGUAAGGAGUCAGUGAGGAAACUGCAGGACUUCCUGGAAGAGGAGGGACAGAGAAUUGACAUGGACCAUUAUCUGCUGUCCUCAAAAACCCUGCUCAGAUAUGCCCUGCUCAUGGACAUAGUCAACCCAAACUGCAGGAGAUCAGUCUGCUUUACUAAAGGAUAUGGGCACUAUGUGGAGGGAACUGGUUCAGUUCUGCAGUCUUGUACAGAUGUAGAACUGGAGAGUGUCUUUAAGUCACUAGAGGUGCUAUCUGAAGAAGAGAAGCUAAAGCAGCUAUCCCAACUGAAGCUCAGAUACUUCACACCCAGAGAGAUAGCUAACCUUAUGGGCUUCCCCUCACACUUCACUUUUCCACUGAAUAUCUCGAUUAAGCAGCAGUACCGGGUUCUGGGAAACAGUCUAAAUGUUCAUGUAGUUGCCAAGCUCAUCAGUCUUAUGGUGUCGUGACCAACAGAUAUGCUUUGUUGCAGUUCAUAGGGUGAGAGAUGAAAGGCCGUUGCAGGUUGCACUUGAGUUGUCUGGAGUAGAAAAUCAACUUUUGUUUUAUGUGAAUCAAACUUGUAAACCUUUAAAUAAAGUGGUGUUUUUUUA